AUGCACGGACACCCGAGUGCGACUCCGUCAGCAAGCCAGCAACAAACUGCAGCGUCUGCAUACUCCAAUGCGAAUGCCAAUCAAUCUGUAAACGGCACCAAAGUGGCAGUGGUGGGCGCCGGAUUCCUUGGUCGAUGUAUCGCCAUCGAUUUGUCGCUCCUCGGCGUGCAGGUGCUCGUGUGUGAUACGAAGUCGCAGUCGAGCGAGGGGCUUUCGUCGUUUGCGUACGAUCUGUUGCACCCGCUGCUGUACCUGGGUUACGUAACCAAGAGCAUGGUGACACAAGCGUGCAGUAACGUCACAAUUGUGGCAACAGUAGCCGAGUGCGCUGAUGCUUCGAUCGUCAUUGAAGCGAUCCCUGAAAACUUGGAAGCAAAAGUGCAGCUGUUCAAGUCGCUGGAGCAGCACUGCUCAGCGUCAACGAUCUUCGCAUCCAGCACGAUCGACCUCUCGAUCGACUCGAUCCAGAUGCAGUUGCAGCAUCCAGAGCGGUUUCUAGGCAUGCGGUUUUUCUACCCGUGCGUGCUCGUAUCUCCUGUGGAGCUCACGACUGGAACCACCACGUCGCAGCAUACGAUCGAUCGCAUCGUGACUUUUCUAGAGCUUCUUGAGAAAAAUCCGCAUCGAGGCCCGACGAAGCGCGUACUGACCACCAACGAGGUCAGCUCGUUUCAGUUUGACACGGCUGUGCGCGGGAGUUUUUACCACGGACUGCUGGAGCCCAAGCGUCACCCGUCUCUGGGUGAUAUCAUCACUCCACACCCAGGACCUCCACUCGAUGGACACUACAGCAAAAUCCGCGCCAACGACACAACGUCUCUCUAA